AUGCGCCUCGCUCGCGUCGUCACCGUGUGCCGCGACAGAUCCUGCAGUCAGUGUGCUAGAUAUGAGCGGACAACGUGUCUGCGAAUUAACGUUCGUUACGGCUGGCUCAUACGCAACGGGUUCGUGAAGAAAGAUGGCGAUUACUUUGCCAUCUCACUUCUAUACGCUACCUUUAUUCUGUAA